UUAAACAAAUGCUUGCUGAAUGAUAUAAUGCCUAUAUAUAUAAUUGUAAAUUUACUCACCGUCUCAUAUAAAUACUCACUUAACAAUAAGGGGCAUUCUGAUAAGUGCUUAUCCAGGUUUACUUUAUAGAGUAUCUAUUAUGUAUUUAAUGUUCUCCAUGUUUUUCUAAAAUUGGGUGAUUAAAUUAUGUCUCUCUCUCUCUCUCUCUCUCUCUCUCUCUCUCUCUCACACAGCUAAAGUUAUGAAAUCCUUACAUAUUCCCAUGGGAGUACGUCGUGUGCUUUUUAGAACAUUAAACACUGACAGUUUCAAGCAGGCCUUCGAAGUGCCCUUUACUACAAUUUCCAAGAAGAAACUUUUUCAGGAUUUGUUGCGACUGUUUCCAGUUGCAUCUUCACCAAAAUCUGCGUCCUUAAGUUUUCCUACUUCAGUAUCAUACUACCAGUUUAUAUUUGAUGCUGCUGCAAAGUUCUGUGUUGAUAUUGCAACUCAUCAGCAUGGAUGUUGUGUUAUGAAUCAAUGCAUUGAUAAGUCAGUUGGGAAAUAUCAGGAAAAGUUGGUUGCAGAAAUUGUUGCUAAUGGGCUUCUUCUUGCUCAAGAUGCUUUUGGGAAAGUCAAAUCGUACUAUUAUUAAACGAAUCAACUACCAGUUCUGAAAGCUCCAAUAAUGGUUGUAUAAUGAUUGUACAAGCGAGUGACCUUCCAUUUGUAUCUAUUUCAAGAUCCACUGGUCUAAACCGUUGGAAUCUGCAUGAACUGAAGCUUCUGCUAGCAGCAGCUUUUUUGGAACUGCUUUGUCUUCUUUUGGGGAUCAGAAUUCCUUCUUAGGAUCCCAGUCCACAACACCAACAUUUGGAACUACAGGCUUUGGACAGUCAGUUUUUUGCAGUCAACAUGGACGAAGUAUAGCAGCUUACACUGCUACUGCUGAAGUAGAUGACGGAAGUAGUGCUGCUAAACUGGAGUCCAUUUCUGCCAUGACCAUUAACAAAGACAAAAGCCAUGAAGAAUUGAGGUGGGAGAGCAUUUGGAAAUUAUUGGUGUUGGUGAUCCAUCUGGAAGGGGUCUAGGUUUUAGCUAUGUUCGCACUGCUCGAAGGCUCCAAUAUCAAAUGCAAUGGUGAAGAAAAAGCAAGCUGUUAGUCGGGGAGGUUCAACUGUAACUGGAACAAAUGCUGAAUCUGUGUGUUCUGAAUCUGUUGUGAAUUUGUAUUUUAAAUUUAGAUGUUGUAACUGGCGAAUUUGUUUUUAAAUUUAGAUGCAAUGGUGAAUCUGUGUGUAACUGGUGAAUCUGUGUGUUCUGAAUCUGUUCUAAAUCUGUAUUAGAUACUGAAUCUGUUUUAAAUUUAGAUACUGAAUCUGUGUGUUCUGAAUC